CUUCCUCGUGUCCUGCUCUUCAUUUAAAUUUGUUUAAAUAUUUUACUCACAAACCAGUGUAUCAAACGGUUAAAGAUGUGUGAAAAACCCUAGGAUAUUCUCCAAAUUAAAAAUGUCCAGUUUGGGCAAUAAACAAAGUGUAAGAAAUGUGUGAGUAGCCGUUUUACUCCGAUGUGUGAGCCGAAAAAUCAAAAAAAUCGAUUUCUCCCCCAAUAAAAACAAAGUGCAAUAAAUGGCCAUAAACGCCCGAUGAAUUUUAAAUAACCAAACUGUGCUUUAAAACGUGAAAAUUGUGUUUGAAAACGGGAUGUUUUAAAAACGAACAAGGCCCAUAAAAUUAAAUAUUAAUACAACUAAGUAAAGAGCAGAAACUAAAAGAGCAGGCAGCAGCUGACAAAAAGAAAACUGAACGAAAAAUUUAAGAUACAAGUUAAGAGUGUGAUGCAAAUAAACUGAAAAGUGCUGAAGAGCUGAAUGGGCAACAAAAUUGAAGUUAUGUUUCAAAACCAAAAGCUUAAGUGCCAUUUGGCAAAAGAGUGAGUCCGUCAGCCAAAUAGUAAGUCUGACAGAGACAUAGCCUGUGUAAAUAAAAGCAUUUAAAAUUAUUAAGCAUUGUUGUUGUUGUUACCAACGGUCGACACCCCCAAUUUCCGACUAUACAAUAUCUAUAUAUUGAAAAUAAUGGGUCUGCAGAUGACAGCAGCCAGUCCAUUUGCAGCUCUCAGCCUACUAGUGUUGUUCUUGCUCACCUGGACCCCCACAAUCGUCGAUGCAGCCCAUGCAAAUUAUUCGGAUAUACCAUAUAUACAAUAUCUCACACAUCCACCGGAGAUCAUCAGGAAGCCGCAGAAUCAGGGAGUUCGAGUGGGCGGCGUUGCCAGCUUCUAUUGUGCGGCACGCGGUGAUCCCCCGCCAUCGAUAGUGUGGCGCAAGAAUGGCAAAAAAGUUUCGGGAACCCAGUCUCGUUACACGGUGCUGGAGCAACCCGGCGGGAUUUCCAUACUACGGAUUGAGCCCGUACGGGCGGGACGCGACGAUGCCCCAUAUGAAUGUGUGGCGGAGAACGGGGUGGGCGAUGCCGUUUCCGCAGAUGCAACUUUAACCAUCUAUGAAGGCGAUAAAACACCCGCAGGCUUUCCGGUUAUAACCCAGGGUCCAGGCACUCGCGUCAUUGAAGUGGGUCACACGGUCCUCAUGACAUGCAAAGCCAUCGGCAUUCCGACGCCAAACAUUUACUGGAUUAAGAAUCAGACAAAGGUUGAUAUGAGCAAUCCCCGCUAUUCGCUAAAAGACGGUUUCUUGCAAAUAGAAAACAGCCGCGAGGAGGAUCAAGGAAAAUAUGAAUGUGUGGCCGAGAAUUCUGUUGGCACGGAACACUCAAAGGCUACAAAUUUAUAUGUGAAAGUCCGUCGUGUUCCGCCCACUUUCUCCCGCCCACCAGAGACCAUCAGUGAGGUGAUGUUGGGUUCCAAUCUGAAUCUUUCCUGCAUAGCCGUCGGCUCACCCAUGCCACAUGUCAAGUGGAUGAAGGGCUCCGAAGAUCUAACUCCCGAAAACGAGAUGCCAAUCGGUCGAAAUGUCCUGCAAUUGAUAAAUAUUCAAGAGAGCGCCAACUACACUUGCAUAGCUGCCUCCACGCUGGGGCAAAUUGAUUCGGUUUCGGUGGUUAAAGUGCAAUCUUUGCCCACCGCACCCACCGAUGUGCAAAUCUCCGAGGUGACCGCCACUUCGGUGCGUCUGGAGUGGUCGUACAAGGGUCCCGAGGACUUGCAGUAUUACGUGAUCCAGUACAAGCCGAAGAACGCCAACCAGGCCUUCAGCGAGAUAAGCGGCAUCAUCACCAUGUACUAUGUGGUCCGUGCCUUGAGUCCCUAUACGGAGUACGAGUUCUACGUGAUAGCGGUGAACAAUAUUGGACGUGGACCGCCGUCGGCACCGGCGACUUGUACCACCGGCGAUUUCUCAUUCGGUGGCACAAAAAUGGAAAGUGCACCACGUAAUGUUCAAGUGCGCACGCUGAGCUCGUCCACGAUGGUUAUUACUUGGGAACCACCAGAGACGCCCAAUGGACAAGUGACCGGCUACAAGGUGUAUUAUACUACGAAUUCAAAUCAACCGGAGGCCUCUUGGAACUCACAGAUGGUGGAUAAUAGCGAGCUGACCACAGUUUCGGAGCUGACGCCCCAUGCCAUCUAUACAGUCCGGGUUCAGGCGUACACCUCGAUGGGAGCCGGUCCCAUGUCCACGCCGGUCCAAGUGAAGGCCCAGCAAGGUGUGCCAUCGCAACCGAGCAAUUUCCGGGCAACCGAUAUCGGCGAGACCGCAGUCACACUGCAAUGGACCAAGCCGACGCAUUCCAGCGAGAAUAUCGUUCAUUACGAGCUCUACUGGAAUGACACAUACGCCAAUCACGUCCAUCACAAACGCAUUUCAAAUUCGGAGGCAUAUACCCUUGAUGGCCUAUAUCCCGAUACUCUCUAUUAUAUCUGGCUGGCUGCAAGGUCACAAAGGGGCGAAGGGGCCACCACACCGCCCAUUCCGGUUCGCACCAAGCAAUAUGUACCAGGUGCACCGCCUCGAAAUAUCACCGCCAUUGCGACCAGCUCUACGACGAUAUCGCUUAACUGGCUGCCGCCGCCCGUCGAACGAUCGAACGGUCGGAUCAUAUACUAUAAGGUGUUCUUCGUGGAGGUGGGUCGCGAAGACGACGAGGCCACCACAAUGACCCUCAAUAUGACCAGCAUUGUGCUCGACGAGCUGAAGCGCUGGACAGAGUACAAAAUCUGGGUACUGGCCGGCACAUCCGUCGGCGAUGGGCCGCGAUCCCAUCCCAUCAUUUUGCGCACCCAAGAGGAUGUGCCCGGAGAUCCGCAAGAUGUAAAGGCCACGCCGUUGAACUCCACAUCGAUCCAUGUCAGUUGGAAACCGCCACUCGAAAAGGAUCGCAAUGGUAUCAUACGUGGCUAUCACAUACAUGCCCAGGAGCUGAGAGAUGAAGGCAAGGGCUUCCUCAACGAACCCUUUAAAUUCGAUGUGGUGGACAUGCUGGAGUUCAAUGUCACUGGCCUGCAGCCGGACACCAAGUACUCCAUCCAGGUGGCUGCAUUGACCCGCAAAGGCGAUGGUGACCGGAGUGCAGCGAUUGUGGUGAAAACCCCUGGCGGAGUGCCAGUUCGGCCAACGGUGAGCCUGAAGAUCAUGGAGCGGGAACCGAUCGUGUCCAUCGAACUGGAGUGGGAGCGUCCGGCGCAGACGUAUGGCGAACUGCGUGGCUAUCGCCUUCGCUGGGGCGUCAAGGAUCAGUCUUUGAAGGAGGAGAUGCUAUCGGGACCCCAGAUGACCAAAAAACGCUUUGACAACCUGGAACGCGGAGUGGAGUACGAAUUCCGGGUGGCGGGCAGUAAUCACAUCGGUAUCGGUCAGGAGACGGUGAAAAUAUUCCAGACACCCGAAGGCACACCCGGUGGACCGCCCUCGAACAUCACCAUACGCUUCCAAACUCCGGAUGUGCUGUGCGUUACGUGGGAUCCACCGACCAGGGAACAUCGGAAUGGCAUAAUCACCCGCUACGAUGUCCAGUUUCACAAGAAAAUCGAUCAUGGCCUUGGAUCUGAGAGGAAUAUGACGCUUCGGAAGGCGGUUUUCACGAAUCUGGAGGAGAACACCGAAUACAUCUUCCGGGUGAGGGCCUAUACGAAACAAGGAGCCGGUCCCUUUAGUGACAAGUUGGUCGUGGAGACGGAACGCGACAUGGGCCGGGCACCGAUGUCCCUGCAGGCGGAGGCCACCUCCGAGCAAACGGCGGAGAUUUGGUGGGAACCGGUGACGAGUCGAGGCAAGUUGCUUGGCUACAAAAUCUUCUAUACCAUGACCGCCGUCGAGGAUCUGGACGAUUGGCAAACGAAGACGGUUGGCCUCACGGAAUCCGCUGAUCUGGUCAAUCUGGAGAAGUUUGCCCAAUAUGCCGUGGCCAUUGCGGCAAGGUUCAAGAACGGCUUGGGACGUCUCAGCGAGAAGGUGACGGUACGGAUUAAGCCGGAAGAUGUGCCCCUUAAUCUUCGUGCCCACGAUGUCAGCACCCAUUCAAUGACGUUGAGUUGGUCGCCACCCAUCCGCCUAACUCCGGUUAACUACAAGAUCAGCUUCGAUGCCAUGAAGGUGUUUGUGGACUCGCAAGGAUUUUCGCAGACCCAGAUCGUUCCCAAGCGCGAGAUCAUCCUGAAGCACUAUGUGAAGACCCAUACGAUUAACGAACUGAGUCCCUUUACCACGUACAAUGUGAACGUGAGUGCCAUUCCAUCGGAUUAUUCAUAUCGUCCGCCCACCAAGAUCACGGUGACUACCCAAAUGGCAGCUCCACAGCCGAUGGUCAAGCCGGAUUUCUAUGGUGUGGUCAAUGGCGAGGAGAUUCUGGUGAUACUGCCACAGGCCUCGGAGGAAUAUGGACCCAUCUCGCACUAUUACUUGGUGGUGGUGCCGGAGGACAAGUCCAAUCUGCACAAGAUACCCGAUCAGUUCCUCACCGAUGAUCUGCUGCCGGGUAGGAACAAACCAGAGCGUCCUAAUGCACCCUACAUUGCGGCCAAGUUUCCACAGCGUUCCAUACCCUUCACCUUCCACCUAGGAUCGGGUGAUGACUACCAUAACUUUACCAAUCGUAAGCUGGAGCGGGAGAAGCGUUACCGCAUCUUUGUGCGGGCAGUGGUGGACACGCCGCAGAAGCAUCUCUACACCUCCAGUCCCUUCUCCGAGUUCCUAUCGCUGGAUAUGCGGGAAGCUCCGCCAGGGGAGCGGCCCCAUCGACCCGACCCCAAUUGGCCUGCGGAGCCGGAGGUGUCGGUCAAUCGCAACAAGGACGAACCAGAGAUCCUUUGGGUGGUGCUCCCCCUGAUGGUAUCCACUUUCAUCGUGUCCACCGCCUUGAUUGUUCUCUGUGUGGUGAAACGUCGUCGUCAGCCAUGCAAGACCCCGGAUCAAGCAGCCGUAACGCGACCCUUGAUGGCCGCCGACUUGGGAGCCGGACCCACUCCCAGCGAUCCCGUGGACAUGAGGCGUCUGAACUUUCAGACACCCGGCAUGAUCUCCCAUCCGCCCAUACCCAUUUCGGAGUUCGCCAACCAUAUCGAACGCCUCAAAGCCAACGACAAUCAGAAGUUCUCGCAGGAGUACGAGAGCAUUGAGCCGGGCCAGCAGUUCACCUGGGACAACUCCAAUCUGGAGCACAAUAAAUCGAAGAAUCGCUAUGCCAAUGUCACCGCCUACGAUCAUUCCCGUGUCCAGUUGCCGCCAGUGGAGGGUGUGGUUGGGUCGGACUACAUUAAUGCCAACUACUGUGAUGGCUAUCGGAAGCACAACGCCUAUGUGGCCACCCAGGGACCGCUGCAGGAAACCUUUGUGGACUUCUGGCGCAUGUGCUGGGAAUUGAAAACGGCCACCAUUGUGAUGAUGACGCGACUGGAGGAGCGAACACGCAUUAAGUGCGACCAGUACUGGCCCACUCGCGGAACGGAGACCUAUGGCCAGAUCUUUGUGACCAUCACGGAGACCCAGGAGCUGGCCACCUACAGCAUCCGGACGUUCCAGUUGUGCCGGCAGGGCUUCAACGAUCGGCGCGAGAUCAAGCAGCUGCAGUUCACCGCCUGGCCGGAUCAUGGGGUGCCCGAUCAUCCGGCUCCGUUCCUGCAGUUCCUGCGUCGGUGUCGCGCUCUCACGCCUCCGGAAUCGGGACCCGUGAUCGUUCACUGCUCGGCUGGAGUGGGUCGAACCGGCUGCUACAUCGUCAUCGAUUCGAUGCUGGAGCGAAUGAAGCACGAAAAGAUCAUCGACAUCUAUGGGCAUGUCACGUGCCUGAGAGCGCAACGCAACUAUAUGGUUCAGACGGAGGAUCAGUACAUCUUCAUCCAUGACGCCAUCAUUGAGGCCAUCAUCUGUGGCAUGACGGAGGUGCCGGCCCGCAACUUGCACACGCAUCUGCAGAAGCUACUGAUCACGGAGCCCGGCGAGAGUAUCUCCGGCAUGGAGGUGGAGUUCAAGAAGCUGUCCAAUGUCAAGAUGGACUCGUCCAAGUUCGUAACGGCCAAUCUGCCGUGCAACAAACACAAGAACCGCCUGGUCCACAUUCUGCCAUACGAAUCGAGUCGUGUCUACCUGACCCCCAUCCAUGGAAUCGAGGGCAGCGACUAUGUCAACGCCAGCUUCAUUGACGGCUAUCGCUACCGAUCGGCCUAUAUCGCCGCCCAGGGUCCUGUGCAGGAUGCAGCAGAGGAUUUCUGGCGCAUGCUCUGGGAGCACAACUCCACCAUUGUGGUCAUGCUGACCAAGCUCAAGGAAAUGGGCAGGGAGAAGUGCUUCCAAUACUGGCCUCAUGAGCGAUCCGUGCGCUAUCAGUAUUAUGUCGUGGAUCCCAUUGCUGAGUACAACAUGCCGCAGUAUAAGCUGCGUGAAUUUAAGGUAACUGAUGCUCGAGAUGGAUCCUCGCGCACAGUGCGCCAGUUCCAGUUCAUCGAUUGGCCGGAGCAGGGGGUGCCCAAGUCGGGCGAGGGCUUCAUUGACUUCAUCGGACAAGUGCACAAGACCAAGGAACAGUUUGGCCAGGAUGGACCUAUCACCGUGCAUUGUUCAGCGGGCGUGGGACGUUCGGGUGUCUUUAUCACCCUGAGCAUUGUUCUAGAGCGUAUGCAGUACGAGGGUGUGCUGGAUGUCUUCCAGACAGUGCGCAUCCUGCGUUCCCAACGACCGGCUAUGGUGCAAACCGAGGAUCAAUACCACUUCUGCUAUCGCGCUGCAUUGGAGUACUUGGGCUCAUUCGACAACUAUGCAAACUGAGCUGAAAACUCAUCGACCCUGCGUUCGUUGCAUACUUAUUUCGAACUCUACGCAUAAUACGCAUUUACGAUAUACACGGAUAUCAUAACUCUAAAGUAUUAUAGCCAGCUACUGCCCACACUUACUUAAUACACCUAUACUUAUAUACGUGGACAUGUUUAGUUGAUAAGCGCACCCCCCGCCCGAAGGUUAUGUUGCAAUUACGAUUACUUUGGGGUCUCGAUCUUUCACUAAGUUUGAUUUUAUUGAUAAUGUAAACUUAAAAAGACUGUUACACGUUUAAUUAUCAGAAAUUUAUAUAUCAGCCCAUAUGCACUUCUAUAUGUGCAUCAAGAUUUUGCUCGCUAAUGGAGGAGGAGGAAGUCAAUCAACUUGUUGUUCGUGGAACUGCCACCAGAAUGGCCAUGAAUGGGGCGGACCACUGGAAACCGAUACAUAUUUGAACUAAGGACUUGGUAGCUAUUAGUCUUACCGCCUAAAUCAAAUCUGGAAAGGAUGGAUAGGGUCGAAAGUAGAAGCCAUUUGAAUUAAAUCGCAAUCUUCUGGCGAAUUGGCAGCAAAUUCCAAUUGCCAUUAUAAUAUAAAAACGUAUGAGUAAUACAAUCAAUCAAAUAACGCUAUGUUAAUCAGUUUUUAUGCCUAGGUUGUUGAAAACCAGUAUAAACAAUCCGUGCAAUUAGUCAAAAGUCUUGCAUAGUGCAUAUUCUAUAAGGCAGCUAGAUUCUAAAAUUAGUUUUCAAACACGACUUAAGUUUUGAUCUCCCCUAUAAUAAAUGACGAAUUUGAAGGACUGAUCGAUGUCUUGGUAGCUAACAGACGGUUCUAAUUCUUAAAACCGAGGAGACACAGACGCAACUUCCGGCUAAGCAGCUAAUUGAAACUUUAACCUCAUUCCCACAACUUCUAUUCAGUUCCCCAGUACAUUCCUGUAUAUACCACAGUCGAUACCCAAGCUAGCCACGUAUGUAUGUGUAAUUUAGAUCGAAAAGCUAAACAAUUAUUGUACCUAAGGUGUAUGAAGGCAUAGAUAUUAACCAAGCGAACAGAUUAGAAUGAUAACUGUAGAUAUGUACUGUAGCAUAUAAUUUUUACCAUAAAAUAGAGCGAAACCAGCAAAAAAAAAAAA